AGAUCAGGCUGUUUGUCCUGUUUCGCUGGUUGACUUUUACCUGUCAGCUCGGAGCCGACUUUCUCUUUCCCAUGUGGGGCUUUUAAAGCGUGUCGACCCGCUGCUUGGGGUUCCGAUACCGGCCCAGAUGCCGUGUGAGACUUUCCUCCACCCUCCCCGGAGCGUGUGACUCAGGGGUCCCCACUGCGGAGCGUCCAAGGCGGGAUUGUACUCAUUGGAGUAUCGGUGCGGCAGGCAGGCAAGCAGGCAGCAGGUGCACCCGUGCGGAAGGAGAAGGAGGGCGGGCCACGGAGAGGAAAUCAAUUGGUUGGCUUCUUCCAUUAGCAUGCGUGUCGAGUCCGAGCGACCAGCCUGACAAGUCUCUCCUCGCCUGCCGACACACUCGCUCCUCGCUACGGGGAGAGGAGCUGGCGGGAGUCGGGACCACCCCCCUCUCCAGCUUCCAACGAAGAGAAAAAAAUGAUGGGCUUUUUGCGCCGGACGUUCAGCCGCCGCUCAAGAAGCCGUUUCCAGGUGAGAGAGGGGGACGAGCGGGACGGUAAAGGAGGCGGAGGGGCGGCCGGUGGGAACCCCCUGCUCAUGGCCCACCAGCAGCAGGUAGUCCACGCACCGGCCGUGGUCACCGGGGGAGCGGCGGUUCAUAUCCCGGCUGGUGGGACGGCCAGGACGACUAUCACCUGCCGGGUUUUGCUGCUGGACGGAUCGGAUGUCAGCGUGGAUUUGCCCAGCAAAUGCAAAGGCCAGGACCUUUUUGACCAAAUCAUGUAUCACAUAGAUCUGGUGGAGGCGGACUACUUUGGCCUACAAUAUAUGGACACAGACCAAGUUUCGCACUGGCUGGAUAUGUCCAAGCAGAUCAAGAAACAGAUCAAGGAUGGUCCGCCAUUCCGACUGUUCUUCCGAGUGAAAUUUUACUCCUCCGAGCCAAAUAACCUACGUGAGGAAUUCACAAGGUAUCUGUUUGUGCUGCAGCUUCGACAAGACAUUCUGUCCGGCAAACUAAAAUGUCCGUAUGAUGUCUCAGUAGAGCUGUCUGCAUACUGUUUGCAAAGCGAGCUAGGAGACUGCGAUGCCUUGGACCAUUCUCCCGAGCUGGUGUCGGAAUUCCGCUUCACUCCGAAACAAAGCGAGGCCAUGGAGGCGGACAUCUUCAGCAGGUGGUUGGAUCUCAGGGGAAAAAGUCCCUCCCAAGCUGAAAUCUCAUUCCUCAACAAAUGCAAGUGGCUGGAGCUUUAUGGCGUAGAUAUGCACUUUGUAAAGGGUAGAGACGGCGGUGAUUACGCACUUGGUCUCACUCCCACCGGCAUCCUGGUGUUUGAAGGCUCCAACAAAAUUGGCCUCUUCUUCUGGCCCAAGAUUACUCGUCUGGAUUUCAAAAAGAGUCGACUCACAUUGGUGGUGGUGGAGGAUGACGAUCAGGGCCGCGAGCAGGAGCACACCUUCGUGUUCCAGCUGGCCAGCGCCAAGAGUUGCAAACACGUGUGGAAGUGCGCCGUGGAGAGCCACGCCUUCUUCCGGCUACGCCAACCAGCCACAGGCAAGACCAGCCACAGUGACUUCACGCGACUUGGCUCCCGCUUUAGAUUCAGUGGGAAAACCGAGUACCAGGCCACUCACGGCAGCCGACUGAGGCGAGCCAGCACAUUUGAAAGAAGGCCGAGCAAACGCUACCCCUCCCGCACGCAGUCACUGGGCAAAGUUGCUGCAAUCUCCCCUGCCAAGCCUCCUCACAUCAGCCCUGAUCCCAGCCUACAUGCAUGCCAGCACAAAAUCCCGAUGGUGGGUCACGAGGCGUGGCACCCGACUGCCCACCCCUCCUUCGCACCCUCCGUUUACCUGCACCCCUCUGGGCACACAACGCCGUACAGCUUCCCUCUGAGUGGCCCCCACUCUGACCAUCAACUAAACAUGGAACAGAAAGAGACGUUGUAUUCUGGAAAGGUCCAUCACCGCCACCGUCGCCACACGCACAGCCAGGACACACUUUACCACACACACAACAAAAUCAAGUGUCAAGUUUCGCCCUGCCCAGGAGAAGACUUGGACGUGUCUCCAUGUCAUCGCAAGGCUGUGGAGUCGGACAGCGAAUGUCCUCCGUGGCCUUCACUGCGCAUCAACAUGGACGACAAAGGAGAAGAGAAGCGCCUCUCGGAAAAGUCUCUCCAUCCUCCCGCCUCCUCCUCUUCCUCCCCGGCUUUGCUUCCUGACCAGCUGAAAUGUAACAUUCUCAAGGCUCAGAUGGAGGCAGCGUUCAGGAAGGAAGCUUCAUCAAGUCUGAGAGGGAAGAACGCUAACCUGCCUCUCAAGGACAGGUAUCAGAAUUCCUCUCAAGACUCGCUGGUAUCCACUUUGCCUGCAGAGAAACUGUCCCUCAGACCAGAUGCCCAAUCCAGCACGGGCACCAACCGCAGGAAACGUCUAGUCAGACAGUUCAGCUUUAACCAUGAAGAUGAAGACGACCUUCCUGAAGCUCUUGCAGCCAUGUCCUGUGAGAGCACAGCCAAGUCAGGCUCCAGCAGCUCGCUGGACAAACAAAUACAGCCAUCUAUUUACCCACAGGUAAUCACGGACGUCGCCUGGCAACAGCCGUCUAUUUACCCACAGGUGGACACUGUGCCAACUGUGAAGGGUGGUAGUCCAUGCUGUGUGUCCCCUUUGCCAUCUCCCCACCUCUCUCCUUCCUGCUACUGUAGUCCCCUCCCUCACCUGGUCCCUUACCUUGCAGCCCAUCACGCCAGUGGAGAAGAACUGCGUGUGGACAGAGAGAAGAUACUGAGAGCCCUCCUGAUCACCAAGCUCUGAGACCAUGACCUUUGACCCCCGCCGGGAACGACCCCAAAAGCGUUGGCGGAGCUCAACAUUUGUGAAUAUUUCUUUGCACAAAUGAUAUUUGCUUCAAAGUGUUCCUUCUUCUCGGCGCUUUCUGUCCAAACUCACUGCAGGCGUGUCUAAAGUGUGGCCCCUGCCGCCAUUCUCAGCCCGCAGCUGGUUUUCUAUUGGCCUUAGGCAUAUUGUAAUAAUCAGAUGACUUGGUUAUUAAUAAAGCGUUACAAAUGACAGUAUUUAGCUGUAAGAAAAAGUUCAGAUGUUAGCAUCGACGGAUUGCUUUAAACAUCUUUAAUGUACAAAAUGUAUCAAAAUGUUUUAACGUGUUAAAGGUUUGGACACUAAUAAAAUGGACUUCAAGCUGCAGAUGCUGCAUGCUUAAUAUUAUUAUAUAAUAUAAAUAUAUGUAUUUAUUCUUUAUACUGCUGUAUGCUGGUUGAUUGUUGACUUAUUUUCAGCUCUUCAGGAGUUACGACUUGAAUGUAUCAAACUUAAAAGAUAUUUUAAAAGAGACUGAUCCACUUCUAACUAAUGCAGUGUUUGUCCAAACAUUGGGACGGCAGUACAAUACAGGAAGUGAAAAUGAAAUAAAAACCAGGCGCUUUCUUUCACAGCUAUAACAGCAAAAUGUGAGCUUUCUGUCUUCACUUCAACUCAUGGCUGGUGUUCCUCCGCACCGCACUCAUCUGAGCAUGCUUUUAUGCACAUUGCUUUGUGCACUGCUGCACCAAAACAAUCAUUUAUAACUCUUUUCCAAAUAUACAAUUCAGGGAUUUAAUGGUUGCUAUUGUUGUUGUUGUUUGUACUCGUAUGUGCAUGCUUCUUUAGUCUUUCAUUCAUUUCACUGUCAAGUUUCUUUUUCUAUUGGGGACAUUUUAUUCUGCCCUUAAAUAUAUUGUAAACACAUUAUCGCCACUUUUUUUAUUUUAUUAAAUGUUUAUUGUUUUUAUUGUAUUGUUCAAGAUUGUACA